AUGAAUAAAAAACUAUUUGCUUUUAUUGCAGUGUUGUGCUUCUUAGAAGUUGUUCUCUCUAAUACCUGUCCUUUUUGUACAUAUAGCCCUACUGGCGAUGAUUCAGCUGGCUAAUGUACCAGCUGCCCUAGUGGAACAUGUACACAAAAUAAUGGAACAGUUGGAUAAAGCUCAACUGCAUGUACAAUUAAUGCAUGUCCUAUAGGAACAUAUAAUUAUUCAGGUUUUGAUUAUAGCAUUAAUGGAAAUCCUUGUUUAAGUUGUAAUCCAGGUACGUCAACUCCUACUAGUCAUACUAGAGGAACAAGUUAGGCUUCUUGUACUGUUACUCUUAAAGCAUGUCCUAAAGGUAGCUAUUCUUCAUCAGGAUUUGAUACAGAUGGAUCUGGAUCUGGAGCUGGAUGUACUACUUGUAAUGCAGGUACAUAAACUCCUAAUACUUAAACUAAAGGAACAGAUUAAUCUGCUUGUACUCUUAAAGCAUGUGCUAAAGGUAAUUUUUCUGCUUCAGGAUUUGAUACAGACGGAUCUGGAGCUGGAUGUACUGCUUGUAAUGUAGGUACAUCAACCCCUAAUCCCUAAACUAUAGGAACAGAUUAAUCUGUUUGUACUGUUACUGUUAAAGCAUGUGCUAAAGGUAGUUAUUCUUCCUUAGGAUUUGAUACAGACGGAUCUGGAACGGGAUGUACUACUUGUAAUACAGGUACAUCAACUCCUAAUACUUAAACAAAAGGAUUAGAUUAAUCUGCUUGUACUCUUAAAGCAUGUGCUAAAGGUAAAUAUUCUGCUUCAGGAUUUGAUACAGACGGAUCUGGAGCUGGAUGUUCUGCUUGUAAUGCCGGUACAUCAACCUCUAAUACUUAAACUAUAGGAGCAGGUUAGUCUGUAUGUACUGUUACUCUUAAGGCCUGUCCUGCUGGAACAUAUAGUGUAUCAUCAUUAGAUACAGAUGGUAAUGGAUCAGGUUGUAAUAAAUGUGCUGUUAAUACUUACUCUGCUUAAGGUGCUACUUCUUGCACUCCUUGCACUAAUAAUCGUACCUCUCCAGCUGGAUCUACUGCUGUAACUGCUUGUGUAUGCCCAUAAGGAACAUCUGGUCCUACAGAUGGUAUCAGUUCAUGUUCUAUCACUACUAGUAGUGGCUCAAUAAACACUCUUUUUAUAUCAUUCAUUUUUAUUUUGGUGUCUUUAUUCUGA